CGUAAUAUUAGUUUCGGAUUUUCAUUAUAUAUAUAGUUUGAAGAAGGGUUGUAAUUUUUUCAGAAUCAGCUUACGGAGAAAGCUACGUUCGUUCGUUCCUCGUCGAACCAAAUCAAUAGUGAAGACGAAAGGUUCGCUCAUCUUUGUAUUGAUCUAAAGAAUUUGCAACUCAAGAACGAUGAUUGGGUUAUUCAAAGUGAAAGAGAAGCAAAGAGAAGAGUCUCAAAGUAACAACGGAAGAGGAGCUUCUACUGUCAAGAAGCAAUCUGCUGGUGAACUUCGUCUUCACAAAGAUAUAUCGGAGCUGAACUUACCAAAGUCUUGUAAGAUAUCUUUUCCGAAUGGGAAGAAUGACUUGAUGAAUUUUGAAGUAACCAUUAAACCUGAUGAAGGAUAUUACUUGAGUGGUAACUUUGUGUUCUCAUUCCAAGUCUCUAAUAUGUACCCCCACGAAGCUCCUAAAGUGAAAUGCAAGACCAAGGUGUAUCAUCCGAAUAUCGAUCUAGAAGGAAACGUCUGUCUGAACAUCUUGCGUGAAGACUGGAAACCGGUUCUCAACAUAAACACAGUUAUCUACGGUCUUUUCCAUCUCUUCACGGAACCCAAUUACGAGGAUCCUCUGAACCAUGAAGCAGCUGCAGUGUUGAGGGAUAACCCGAAGACGUUCGAGUAUAAUGUCAGAAGGGCAAUGAUGGGUGGCCAAGUUGGCCAAACCUCAUUUCCUCGCUGCAUGUAGUCUGUCUCUGGUUCGGUUUCAUAGCCCUUUUCUUCUUCUAAAAUUUUUUGUCUUGUCUACUCUUGUACAUUGAGACCAAGAGAUUUUAGGAAUUUUCUGAAUGUUUUUAAAUAUUAAUUUAACUCCUCUACCGCACAAUUCUUUUUCAAUUCACUACCAGAUUAUAGCCA